AGCGCUGACUGUCUAUUAAAUCAGUCAUUAUAUUAAGUGUUUAUUUCCAACUAUAUUGUUGGUAAAUAAUAAUUAAUAUAUAAAUAAAUGGCACUUAUUUUGCGCGCACUGGUAUGCCUGGUGGUGGUAGGCCUGGCGGCCAGUCGACCACCACAGCAACAGUCACCACCAUCAUCAGCACCGUUAGGCUGCGACAAUGCCCACUGCAAUCGAUACGAUCCGAAAAAACUCAAUGUCCAUCUUGUCCCGCAUACUCACGACGAUGUCGGUUGGCUGAAGACAGUCGACCAAUAUUUUUGGGGAUCCCGUACGGACAUCCAGAAAGCGGGUGUCCAGUAUAUCAUCGAUUCGGUGGUACAAUCUCUACAGCAAAAUCCCGAUCGCAAGUUCAUCUAUGUUGAGACAGCCUUUUUCUGGAUGUGGUGGAAAUUGCAGUCACCGCAGACACAGACCCGUGUCAAACAGCUGGUCAAUGACGGUCAACUAGAGUUUAUCAACGGUGGCUGGUCGAUGAACGAUGAGGCGGCCGCACACUACCAGUCCAUUGUCGACCAGAUGACCUGGGGUCAUCGGCGCUUGCAGGAUCAGUUUGGCCAGUGUGGCGUACCCCGAAUUGGCUGGCAAAUCGAUCCGUUCGGCCAUAGCCGCGAACAGGCCAACCUGUUCGCCCAAAUGGGUUUCGACGGGUUUUUCUUUGCCCGAUUGGACUACGCGGACAAAACUAAACGCGAAAAAGAUCGGUCAAUGGAAUUGGUUUGGUUGGGUAGCGAUGAUUUGGGAAAUGUUUCCGAUAUAUUUACACACGCUAUGGAAAUGGGAUACGGUCCGCCGCCCGGUUUCAACUGGGAUUUGGCCAACGGUGGCGGCGACGAACCGUUUAUCGACGACCCAGAAUCGGAGGACUACAAUGUCGAUCGUAUAGUCGACCGAUUUGUCAAAUAUGCUAAAUCCUAUUCGCAAGUCUAUCCGACCAACAAUGUACUGUUCCCGAUGGGUACCGAUUUUUACUAUCAGGACGCGAAUAUGUGGUUCAAAAAUAUGGAUAAACUAAUCAAAUAUGUAAACACCCGACAAUCGGAAGUCAAUGUAUUUUACUCGACACCCACCUGUUAUCUACACGGUGUACAACUGGCCAAUCGGACAUUUACCACCAAACGGGACGAUUUUUUCCCGUACGCAUCCGAUGAACAUAGCUAUUGGACCGGCUAUUUCACUAGUCGACCGGCCAUUAAGCGGUACGAAAAAGUUGGUAACAAUUUCCUCCAGGUAUGCAAACAGCUGGACGUCCUAUCGGGUGGUAACGGUGCCAACGAGGAUAAGGUUAGCGGACUACGCGAAUGGAUGGGCGUUAUGCAACAUCACGAUGCCGUUUCGGGUACCGAAAAACAACACGUGGCCAACAAUUAUGCACUGAAAUUGUAUAAAAAUAUUGAAAAAUGUCAACAAGUAGUUAAUAAAUCGUUGAACGUAUUGAUUGGCGGCCAGACAGUUGUCGACCAAUUGUUUUGCAAUCAGCUGAAUGUAUCGGCCUGUCCACUGACCGAAGGUCGCGACCAAUUGGCUGUUACACUGUAUAAUCCGUUUGGCCGAUGGAUGACACACAAGAUUCGGCUGCCGGUAACCCAUAAAAACUAUGAGGUCCUCCAUCCGACCGGCAAAAUACAAUGGUCUACAGUGGUUCCCAUUGCACCCGAAGUCCUGGCCCUUAAGGAACGAGUAUCGAAAGCUACCGACGAAUUGGUGUUCGAGGCCAAUGCGCCGCCGCUCGGCUACAAUACCUAUAUAUUGAGAUUGAAGACCAACAACAACGAUGACAACGAUAGCCAACAGCAGCAGCCGGAAGAGCCGACUGUAACGAAAAUUACCGACAAAUUGUCAGUCAAAUCACUGAGCAAUACGAUUAUGUUUGAUAAUACCGGUGCUCUGAGUGCCGUACAGUUGGCUAACGGAAAGGUUGUCGAUUUGAAACAAAAGUUUGAGUUUUAUAAAGCAAAACCCGGCGACAACAAAGGUGCCGAUCAUCGGGCAUCGGGUGCUUACAUCAUGCGUACCGAUGGCCAGACACCUGAACUAUAUAAGACACCCGUGACCUCCGAACUGGUCAAUACGUCCAACUUUGUCGAAGUUCGCCAACGAGUUACCGACUAUGUCUGGCAAGUGAUCCGCAUUUGGCGCGAUUCGGAUGCCCUGGAGUUUGACUACGUUGUCGGUCCGAUACCCGUCGACGAUAAAGUAGGCAAAGAAAUCAUAUCCCGUUGGGAAACCAAUUUGACUACCAGUUCGCUGGUCUAUACGGAUGCCAAUGGCCGACAAAUGUUGGAACGUCGGCGUGACUUCAGGCCAACUUGGAAUAUGUCCGUAACGGAGGAAGUGGCCGAAAAUUACUAUCCGGUUAACUCGCGUAUAGCCAUCCGCGAUGUCAAACAAGACUUGCAGAUGACUGUACUGAACGAUCGAUCGCAAGGCGGCGCCAGUCUUAAGGACGGUUCACUGGAACUGAUGGUUCAUCGGCGCGAUCUAUACGACGAUGCGUUCGGUGUCGGCGAAGCACUGAACGAACCGGGAGUCGACGGCAAAGGACUGGUAAUUAGGGGGAAAUUUUGGCUGCUGUUGACCAGUUUGGCCGAUGCGGCCGACGCGCACCGUGAUCUGGCACAACGUAUACUAUCCGAACCGUCCUUGACGUUCGGUAAACUCGGAUCAACGACUCCCGAAGAUUAUCUGAAAAAACACAAGUGUCAGUAUACGGGUCUGGCGAAAGAGUUACCGAAAAAUGUCCAUUUGUUGACUGUUGAACAAUGGAAAGAUAGUCAACUGUUGGUACGUCUGGAACACUACUAUCAGACCAAUGAAUCCCGACAACUGUCCAAACCGGUAACGGUUUCGCUCAGGGAUAUGUUUGCACAGUUUACGGUUACCGAAGCUCGGGAGACAACACUGACCGGUACGUUGGAUGUAAAAGCAUUGGAUCAGCGAUUGAAAUGGAGGACCAGUGACGGCGAUAGAGAUGGCGGUCGAUAUGAGCCGAAUCGGGUAGCGUUUGAUCCGACAGAUUUGACCGUAACGUUGAAUCCGAUGGAAAUUCGGACAUUUAUUGUCAAAACAAAGUCCCGAUAAUUAUUCAAUAAUUAAUUAGUAAUAAUACUAAUAUUAAUACUAAUAAUACUAAUAAUUAUUAUUA